CUCAGUCAGCAGCAGACUCGCGUGGUUUUUAAAAUCGGCGAAGGCAGCUCCUAUUAGUGGUUCCGUUUUCGUUUUAUUUGUUGGUACAGUUAGAUAACGCCGGCCGGUGGUACCCGAAGAUUUUUAACGUCAUGUGCCACAAUAAGAAUUGUAGGACAAUUGCACGGUACCACAUCAUUUUCGUUGGUCGACUAUUAUAGUUUACACGGUGAUUUAAUAUUCAGUAUUAGUGUUUAUUAUUUCCGGUGCGUCCACUAAAAGGUAUAGAGAACCAUUUUAACGUGGUACCACCAGGAAGCGAGAUUUGGGUUUUAACAGUCAGUCGAUCACGCGAACGGAAAAACAUGUCUACCAUAAACGAAAACGACAGGCUGGAUUUCGUGGAAGAGUUACCACCAGGACCGCUAGACAAUUACCGGAAGCAGGCGUCAUUCCAUUGGAAGAAAAUGAAAGAGUUCUUUGAAGAUCCGGACCUACUUAAAAUAAAGAUGCAUGUGUGGAAUACCCUGGAACGAGACCCGGCAUUCCAAAGGUCAAAAAAAGUGCCAGAUACCGAAGAGAUGAAACGUAUAACCGCCAUUCGACUGUACAAGUAUUGCCAAUACAGCUUUUUACAUCCAGACACCGCUAAAUUGCCAUACAAAAGAAAGACCAGAUGUAUGAUGACCGUGAACGAGGCAUUGGCCGUGGCCUUUCCGGAUGUUUCAGUAAAGCACGCUGUUGGAGUGAGUCUUUUUAAAAACACACUGACAACGUUAGGAACAGAGAGGCAUCAGCAGUUUAUAGAUGCAGCAUGGAACAAUAAAGUAUUAGCAUGUUUGGCUUUAACAGAAAUUUCCCACGGGAGUAAUACGAAGCAGAUGAGAACAACUGCCACUUACGAUCCGACUACUCGGGAGUUUAUCAUUAAUACUCCCGAUUUUGAAUCUGCUAAAUGUUGGGUCGGAAAUUUAGGUAAAACGUGUACUUUAGCUUUAUUGUUCGCACAACUUUACACCAAAGGCCAAUGCCAUGGACUGCACGCUUUUGUCGUUCCAAUAAGAGAUCCCAAAACCCUUAUUCCUUACUCAGGUUUAGUUAUAGGCGAUAUGGGGGAAAAAAUUGGGUUACAUGGAAUCGAUAAUGGGUUUAUAAUGUUUAAAGACUACCGAAUACCUAGAGAGAAUCUCUUAAACAGAACCGCUGACGUGGGCCCCGAAGGGGAUUACGAGAGCAGCUUUUCAGAUCCAGGGAAAAUAUUGGGGGCAGCCCUGGAAAACUUAUCCACCGGUAGGGUGGGCAUCAUGCAAGAAAGUUCCAAUAAUAUCAUCUGCGCCGUGACGAUAGCUUUAAGGUAUGCCGCGCUCAGGAAGCAAUUUGGCCCGAACGGAGAUGGAGGCAACACCAAGAACGAGUGGACCCUAAUAGAGUAUCAGUUGCAUAGGUGGCGGUUGUUUCCGUAUAUGGCGGCGGCGGCGGUACUCAGAACGUUCGUUCUUAGUUUUACCGAGUCGUAUCUGUCGGCGGUUGAAUUAUCUACGACUUCCAAGGAGAUACAAGAUUUGAAUGACAUGGUAUCGGAGGUGCACGCAAUAGUAUCGAGUGCCAAGCCAAUAGUCACGUGGACAUGUCGGGAUACCGUGCAAGAAUGUCGAGAGGCUUGUGGAGGGCAUGGAUUUUUAAAAUCUGCCCGUCUAGGAGAUUUAAGGGCCACCAUAGACCCUUGCGUGACGUACGAGGGUGAUAACAACGUCAUGCUCCAGCAGACGAGCAAUUGGUUGCUACGCCAAUGGCAGUCGGUACGCCAAACCGGUAACUUAACUACUCCACUGGGCAGCUGUCUGUUCCUGAAGAAGUAUCGAGAAAUUGAAAAUUGUCGACUUAGUACUACCUGUCCGAAAGAGUUAUUAGACUUAAGUUUUAUAUCAGAAGCUUACGAAUGGCUGAUCGUGUACCUCCUGAAAGAAACCGAGCAAAAACAAGCGACUAAAGAAAAAUUAACAAAUAAAUUUGUGGCCAGAGUGGAAUCCCAAGUGUAUGGUGCGGCAAUAUUGUCCAGAGUUUACAUAGAAUAUUUGGCGUUACAAGCGUUCUGGACAAAAAUGCAAAUGGCUGAUUCCAGUUUGAAAACUGUCCUGAGACACUUGGGUGCCUUGUACGGCUUAUGGAGCUUAGAUAAAAAUUUAGUUUACUUCUAUCAGGGUGGUUAUACCAACGAUCCAAAGUUCUCUUCCAUGGUCAAAGAUAACAUUUUGCAUCUAUGUGACGUGCUGAAACCGGAAUUCAUGGGAAUCGUUGAUGGAAUGGCCCCUCCAGAUUAUAUUGUGAAUUCCGUUCUUGGACGUUCAGAUGGAAAAUUGUAUGAAAACAUCCAGUCAGAAAUUUUCCAUCAUCCAGGUUCCUUAUCCCGGCCAGAUUGGUGGCAUGAGAUUAUCAUUAAAGACGCUCCAGAUUUCACAAAGCGUCGUAGCAAAUUGUAAAUGUUUAUUUAUUAUACUUUGAUGUGCUCGCUUUUAUAUGGUCAUCCUUAUUAAUUUAACGAGUUACAAGUACAAAGGAGUCUAGUAAAGUAUAUUUUUUUUAAAUAUUGUUUACGUAUUUUCGCUUUAUUAAUUAUGCUGUAUAUAUCAAAAGUAUAAACCCUAAUUUAAGCACAAAUAUUUAUACAAAUAGUAUUUUUGUAACAAAGUAUUAUAUUGAGAUCUUACGGGUGUCUUAAAUGCAUUUGUUAAAUUAAUUAAUAAAAAGUUAUUUGAAAAAAAAAGUGUUUUAUUAAAACGAUAAGACUAA